CUUGUUCUCCCCACCCCUCUCCUCCAACCACUCGACCAGCAAUGUCCAUUCCCGAGCCCCCAGCAGGACACACGCGCCCCGUGGUCUUCUUUGACAUUGCAAUCGGUGACACGGCAGCCGGGCGAGUCAAGAUGGAGCUCUUCAGCGACAUCACGCCAAAGACGGCAGAGAACUUCCGCCAGCUGUGCACCGGCGAGCAUCGCGUCAAUAGCGUUCCUCAAGGAUACAAGAAGGCGACUUUCCACCGCGUGAUCCCCCAGUUCAUGAUCCAAGGCGGAGACUUCAUUCGUCACGACGGAACAGGCACCUUCUCCAUCUACGGCGCACAGUUUGACGACGAGAACUUCCAGAUCAAGCACACUGGCCCUGGACUGCUCUCCAUGGCCAACUCUGGCCCCAACACCAACGGAUGCCAGUUCUUCGUCACGACGGCCCCCGCCGAGUUCCUCGACGGCAAGCACACCGUGUUUGGACGCGUCAUUGAGGGUCUCUUGACGAUCCGCAAGGUGGAGAACGUGCCAACGGGAGCGAACAACAGACCCAAGAUGACUGUGCGGAUAACGGAGUGCGGAGAGAUGUGAUCAUCCAUUGCCACGUAUGAUCCAAUCGUUCAGAGGCGCAGAAGAGUAGAGUAACACGCCACCCAUGAUGC